AGCUUCUCCCGCUCUGCUCUUCUCUCUCUCUCUCUCUUCCUCUCUUCACGAGAAUGGUACUCUCACGAAAAGCGCGAGAACGAGGAGAAGACGCUUUUAGACCGCGCGCCCGGCCGGCGGUUUAGUCGUGGCGCGCGCUCAAAGCGCCCAAAAUCACGUGCCUCCGCUCAUUUCCCUUCUCUUCUCUCGCGAAAGAGGGAACCGCCACGCUGAAAAGUUAAUCUCCUUCUCUCUCUCCCUCUCUCUCUCUCUCUCUCUCUCUCUCUCUCUCGCGAGUGAUGUACGCAAGCCUCGUGCUCCGAGUGACAGUUGUCUUGGAAAGUGCAGUGGAAUUGUCUCAAAGUGAUGGUCGACUUUUAGCUGCGAAAGAGCUCGAGUUGGCGCGCGAGAAGACCCAGCAGCCUCUGCCGCCGCGGUUGCUUUAAUGCCAAAGCACGAGUCGGUGGAGCAAUCAUGUGUCCGGGUAUUCGCUGAGCCUGGGAUGUGCAGCAUCGAACAAGGCGAGCGUUCGUCGUCGCGUGUGCAGGUCGUGCUGGCAAGAGUGUUAGACCGGCAGCGUUGUCGUCGUCGUCGUCGUCGUCGUGGUCGUCGUGGUCGUCGUCGUCGUCGUUGUCGUCGUCGUGGCCGUCGUCGUCGCCAUCCGAGUCCACCCCAGGCGGCCGAGCGGCCAACAACUCGUGGAAAGUGCCGCGCGUGGCAAGAAGGGAUUAUCGGGAGGCGUCGGCCGCGAUGGCGGACCAUCAGCAGCGAGUCGGCGGCCCGGGCAGCAGCAGGCGCAGGUCGCGCCGGGACAGCCUGGACUCGCCGGGCCACGCGGCCUCGGGCUCGCCUCGCACGCCGCCCGGCUCGAAGGAUCGGCGCACGAGCCGCAAGCUCCUCACCGGCAAGCCCAUCAAGGAGCGCUGGCUGCUCACGCGCAAGACGUGGCGCUACAUGGCCGACGCCGGACGCCACCUGCUGCCCGACUCCGGCCACAAUCGGCCCGAGGACAUCCCCAAGAUCGAGCAGUACUUCCAGGACGUGUGCUCCUGCGAGCCGAGAUUCUUGCUGUGGCGCAAGACCUCGUAUCCGGGCAGCUUGAGCUUCCGCUCGGCGCGCAGGCGGCGUACGCGUCAAGUGGGCGGCAGCUGUCGGGCCAAGCCGACCUGCUCGGCCGACGAAGCCGACGAGCAGCGGUCGUCGCGAUCGCGUGGCUCGAAUUCUAGUAUUGGGUUACCGUCCAGUCCGCUACUGGCGUCCGGCGGCCGCGGCGGUGGCGGCAGCAAGCUCGAUUUAGCCAAGGUCAAGCGCGAGUGGCUGCUGUCGUCGUCGUCGCAGCCACCGCCAGCCGCCAUCGCGUCUGCUGUCGGCUGCGGCGGUGGCGACAAUAGCGGCAGCAGUCCGGCUUCGCCCGUUCGCGCGGCGAAUGAUGCCGAGGCCAAGGCGCUCGCGGACAUGCUCCAGAAGUACCUGAACUUGCAGCCCUCGGAACUGCAGUCGAGCGGCGCCGCCACCACUAGCAAGACUACCAGCAGGUCCGUCUCGUUGAGCACCGACCAAUCGACCUGCAGCGCCUUCAAGGAUUCCGCGACCAGGACAGCCAACCUAAACAGCAGUGGCUUGGAUUACCAGCAGUUGAUAGAGAAGCUGGAACAACACUUGAAUCAGAUAAUGGCCGAAGGCAGGCGAGAUUUCACGACGUCGAGGAGUGCGAUGAGCAGCAGUGCGAGUGCGGGUGGUGCUAUUUCGGCGGGCGUGCAAUGUGGUAGUGGCACGGUUCCCAAGAUUUCCAUACCCUACCAGAGUGACUUUGUGCACAAAUCCUUGUUGGACACUUUGAGUCGUUACUACAGCAAGUCACCCAACAGGCAACACGUCAUCUCGGACAUUCUCACCGACAGAAAACUCUUGGAGAAGUUGUACUUCGACCUGAGGUGCACUCGAGGCUUUCGCGGUCCUCGCGCCACCGGAGCGUACACGUCGCCGUCGAGAUGGUUCAAUCAACCGAGAACCGAAAGGUUUCAGCCGAAGAACCAGUCCCCUGGCUAUAAGAGGGAUUCCGGAUCGAUCCCACCGUUGAUUGCCGUUCAAGGUCCCAGUACCGAGCGCGGUCCUGUGGACUCGGGCGUACAAACGAAUCCCGUGCCCAGGGAGACCUUGGAAGCGCUGCUCCUGGAGAGGGACAAAGACGAGCAGUCGUCUCCGCCACUUAGCGGCAAGGACCACAAGUCCGGCAGGAGACGAAGCAGCGUGGAUAACGACGACGUCUCGCCGUCGGUCAGCGAUACUAUAAAGAGGUACUUGCGCAUGGCCAGAAAGAAAUCCGUCGAUUCCGAGAAAGCCGACAGAUUCAAGCGCGUCAACUACGACCGCAAUCUACGGAACAUCAAAGCCAAGGGCGAGAUCAGCAAGCCCGGCGACGACGACGGCAACAACAAAGGCUGCCAGACCGAAGACAACUGGAUGGUUGGUUAUCGAGAGAUGAGCAGCUUGGAACCCGGUGAAGCUAUUUCCGACGCGGAAACCACGGCCUCGCCGAUCAGUCGGAACGCAAGUUCUAGGAGCAGCAUCGACGCGGGACUUGGCAGCGAAGAGCCCUCGACACCCAAGCAUCAUCAAUCCUUCCUAUCCCAUCUCCUUCACGGGUCCUCGCAUGGUAAACCUCACUCGGCACCUGGCUCGCCAGCUCUAACCAAUAACCUGAAUAACGCAGGUGGCAACGCGAUGCAGAAGAGCAAGUCCUCGAGUAGCGUGGUGCAUCACAGCAGUCGUCUUGUCGCUAAAAAGAUCUUCAAGUCCAGGAGCAAGAGCUCGUCGAGGGCUAUCAAUCUCGUGUCGCAGUGGACGCCACAGGGCAAGUGCACGUGGGCGGGCACGAGUGGCCGUCGGGUGACGUUACAGGACACGGCGUUACGUCAACUGUCCGAUGUCGAGCGCAAGGUGCUGUGCCGCGUCUCCGUGGCGAAACUUCAGGCGCUCAAUCUUGGCGUACACAUCAGGCCGCCCAGCGAGUCGCUGUCGGGUGGCUCGGUCACUGCGAAACCAAAGAGGAGAGCUUAUCUGCUCAAGAGGAAGGCCCUUACUACGGGAUUUUUCGAUAGCAAAAGCAAGGAUGAGAAGGAGAAAGAAUCGAGCAGUGGCCUGGUAUUUGGUAUUUCGAUGGCGCAGUGUUUGGAAAACGACCGUCUCGCACGGAUAGCUUCGGGCGAGAUCGUCGACGUUGGCUGCAGCCUGAGUCGCAGUAGCCAUCAUGGAAGUCGAACCAGCUUUACAAGCCUCAUCGAGACUACAACAGCUUCCAAGACCGAUGAGGCAGGCUCGUGCGAGUCGUUAUCCUCGAAAGGGGGCGCGCUCACGGGCAGCGACUCGGGCGUGCUGGAACUAAGCGACAGCGGUGGCACGUCCGAGUACGACGCAGUCCCGUCGAUCGUGAGGCAAUGCAUCAAGCACCUGGAAGCCACUGGUCUGCACACUCUUGGCAUCUUCCGGGUGUCGCCCUCGAAGAAGCGCGUCAGGCAGCUGCGGGAGGACUGGGACUGCGGCCGGGAGAACAGAAUAGGCCCGGACCAGUGUCCGCACGACGUGGCGGCCCUGCUCAAGGAGUACUUCCGCGAUCUGCCCGACCCCCUGCUCUGUCGCGACCUCUAUCAAGCCUUCGUCCACACCCAGAAGAUACGCAACAGGCGCCUGCAGCAGGAGGCACUGCAGCACCUCAUACAGCUGCUGCCGACGCCCAACCGCGAGACGCUCUACGCGCUGCUGAAUUUCCUGAGCGAGGUGGCGAGCCACAGCGAGGACCGCCGGGACGAGGGCGGCCAGUUGCUAGCCGGCAACAAGAUGGACACGACCAAUCUGGCCACCGUCUUCGCGCCGAACAUCUUGCACUGCGUGAAGCCGGGCCAAGCGCGCUCGGAAGUGUCGGCCGAGCGCGCCGAGGAGAGGAUCGACGUCAUCAACGUGGUGCGCGCCCUCCUCGAGCACGUGUCCACGCUGUUCGUCGUGCCGGCCGCCCUGCUCGACGAGCUCUACCUGCACAUGAUGGACAGUCACCCGGCCGAACUGGACCUCGCGCUGUCGCGCAGAGCCGACGAGCAAUGUCCCGACGAGGCGGACCUCUGCAGCGAGACGGAGAACUGCUCGGCCGAGGAGAGCCUGUCGCCCACGUCGACCGGCUCGCCGGUCGCCCUCGCGGCCGCCGCGAGCUCGGGCGCGAGUCCGAGCGCGAGCCCGAGCGCGGCGCCGCCGGCGCAGCAGGCCAAGCGGCUGUACACGCGCGAGGAGUGUCUGCACCAGUCGGCGGGCGUGGGCGGCGACAUCGGGCCGCGGCCGCGGCGCCCGAAGCGGCCGACCGCGCGCAGGAAGGACUCCGAGUCGACGCGCAGCAACAGCAUCGACAGCGGCUCGAGCGAAGACCCGAGCGAUCCGUCCAGAAAGUCGUCGCAGGUGCAGAUCAUCACCGCCAGUCUGACGAUACCCAUGUCCGGCGCGUUCACGCUGAACCUCGACGACCCGGACAUUCCGUACAUCGAGGACUCGUCCGCCGCGCACGCCAAGCAGCAAGUGCAGGCCUCGCCCAACGCGCCGCCGCGGAGGCAGAGGCAGCGUUCGGUCUCUGGCAGCGAAGGUGGUGGAGGCCGCCACGGCAGCGAUAGCGCGGUGGGUUCUUCCGCGACCUUGUCCGGCGACCAGGCGCCGAGCUCGCCACCCUCGUGGACGUCGUCGCCACCCGCCAGUCCCGACAGCACUGUCACGGCUGUUUCGUAUAUUCCCGAUCAAUCGCCGCCUCAGCAGCAGCAGCAGCAGCAGCAGCAGCAGCAGCAGCAGCAGCAGCCGGUGCUGCAGAGGGUGUCGUUCACCACGUCGAGCGAGCUCCGGCAGAUCAGCAGAUCGACCAGUCAGGAGCAAGCGCAACACGCCAGUCGGUUGCCCGCUUCCACGCCGAGCAUCACUAGCAUCGGUGGCGCUGUGAUGAGGUCCAAGACGGCAGACAUCGAGCGAAUGCUACACAUCAACCGGGCGGACCAAUCGAGCCGGGCAGCGCCGUCGUUAACCACAACGACGUCGGGCUCGUCGCUACUCGACAGUAAGAAAUACACGAAGCGGCGCUACACCGACUCGAGGCAUCAGACGCGUCAUAUUCCCGACUCGGACAGCCUUGGCGUGUCCGGCGCGUCCGCGACUUCGUCGUCGCUGGCGGCGAGGAUCGGCUCGGCAUUACAAUCCAAAGCGCCGGCUUCGAGCGCGGCGUCCUCGACGGCUACGCAGCCAGUAUGGAAGCGGCGCGAGUUAAUCUCGAGCGCGCCCAAGCACAGAGGCAGCUUCUUUUGACUUGCCUCUGCUCCUUUUGUACAUAAAAAUGUAUCUACGUUGUGUUCUCUCGCGGUAGAGUUGGCUUUUUGUACGGAAAAUUUUCUACGACACUUCUAAUGCGCGGUUUCGGGGAGAUGGGGAGG